AUGAUUUUGUACGGCUCUCUCGUCCGCUCUCGCCGUGACAUCACUACCAACCAGGCUGGUUUGGUUUCAGGUGCUAAGACUGGUGCUAAGGCUGGUGUCGACGCUAGAAACCACACUGCCGUGGUUGAGCUUAUUUCACCGGCCAUCGACACAAUGGACCAAGCCAAGUUCGAGGACGAGAUGAGAGCGCUGGCCGUGUGCGUCAAGUGCCUCGACGAGACGAAGCCGAGGGCGAGCCUGAAGUGGUGCACCGGCUGCCGCAUGGUUCUGUACUGCUCUCCGGAGCACCAGAAGGGUCACUGGCAGGACCACAAAGCUUUCUGCAAGGCUAGAAAGAAACUGGCCGGAGCGUUCCCGGUCAGCCGUGAUAGUUGGGUCCCGCCGCUGUCGUCCCCUCACGGUGGUGCCGGUAUCGCGAAGCGGGAGUGCGAGGUGUACGUCUCCGUGUGCGACGCGACGGGAGUGUUUUCCAUCCUCGGCAUGUUCUGGAAGGAGGACGAGAAGGACCGGGCGAGCAGCAGCAGCAGGCUUUGCAGCUUGAUGGUCCAGUUGGGCAAGGGCCCAGUAGCUUGCCUGGAGUCGAAACUCCAAGACUGGGAGCCGCGCACCCGUUGGGCCGCCCUCAAGACCCUCACCGUGCAGGGGAGUGCCGACUACGUGCGGGUCACACGAGCGAUGGCCGCGUCUUUGACGAGGAGGGCCUUGGAAGACGCCAGGAGGCCUGGUAACGAGGAGAAUAAGACGGGAGGAGCAAAGGGUUCCUUCCCCGGAAAGUUCGACUCGGCAGCCGCUUACUUCCUCGACUACGAAGGCAAGGCGGGGGAGGGGGGAGGGGUCGAUAGCUGCGGCCUGGAGGAGUACCUGAAUUCGGAGGCGCACGCUUCCUUCAAGCGGACCCUCCUGGAGUGCUGUGACGGCGGUAACUCUCUAGACGUGUUCUUCUUCGGCCUUCUCAACGAGCGGCGAGAGUUCAGGGACUGCUAUUCAUUUCUGGAGGGCAUGGCGGAGCUCGGCGGAGCAGAGAACUUUGAGGAUGCCCUUGAAAAGCUGGCAAGGCAGGGGGAAGCGGGCGGUAGAAGUGAUAGCAACACCAACGGCAGGGCCACUGCCAAGCUGUGCGAGCACGCGUGCCUCUGCUUCCACCUCGCAGGGCUACCGGGGGCAGCAUCGGCGAUGCACAUAGCCAAGGAGAGCUGCGAGGAGGACUUCGCAUCUAGCCCGUUCGUCAGGGCAAUGAUGUACCGAACCGCCUACCGCAACUCGAAAGGGGAGGAGGUGCCUUCCCCCAAGCCGGAGCUGUCGGAGCGAUACACGGACAUGGUGAUGAAGCCGCUCCAACACGCCCAGGAAGCGACAGGGCAGCACCUAGCACAGCUCACCCCGGUGUCGGUAGAGAUCAAGGCUCUGCUCGAACAAGAGAUUCUCCUCUAG